UGUUUGUCUGUACAAUAGUAUCUGUACUGUGCAGCUAGAUUAAAUUACUCUAAGUGUCAGGCCUUCACUUUUUGUCUUUGGGCGGCAGUUCGACUUCAAAAUGUCACCACGUCUUAUAAUAUCAAAAUAUGUUAUUGAGCGGCUAUCCAAACUCGAUACGAAUGAGCCGACAGGAUGUCUGUACGGUCUCAUGUACGACGGCACUUUGCUCGUCGUAGGACUAAGUUUAGAGUUUUUUGAAAACGAGCAAAAAACAUACAGGCAACUUCUUCUACAAUUGCCCGCCGAAGUAGAGUUGUGCGGUGUUAUAAAAUUCAGUGAAACUUUGUCAAUUGAAUCUAAACCUAAGGAGAUAUUUCAGGACGUAGACAUAACGGACAAUCCACUUUUUAUUGUAAUCAGUAAGGAUAAACAGAUUAAAGCACAUUUUUUGGUGCAUGACAAAUUUGAAGAAACAAACUAUGAGGUCCUACAGCCAGAGGAACUGUGGAAACAGUUUAUUCAUGUACGUCUGAACACUGUGCUGCCGUUGACUUGUGAAGCAACAAUAGCGGGAGUCAAAAAUAUUAUGCAGAAUAAAAGAAAAAAAAUAGCAUCUGGCCAAGUCUCGUUUCAUAUUGAUGGCACCUCAAUAUACUUAUUUGGAGUAGCCUCAGAUGUAGGAGUGACAGGCACAAGUACAGAAGCCAAUAUAGGAGAGUUAAUGGACUCCCUUGGCCCAGAACAGAGUUCCAAAAAGAAAAAACACAGUAUAAAUAAAGUGGAAAUAGUUCCUGUUAAUUUAGUAUUGAAAACAACAAAAGACAUGCUAUCAGAUAAACUUGUGAAAACAGCUGUUAAGAUGAUGACUACACAAAGGAAACCUGCAUUUUGCAUCAGUAUGCCAUUAAGAGUUGACACAUUGGCCAUGAUACACAGGAAUACAAAACUGUCAGAAUUGUAUACAGUGCUAGUUGAAGCUGCCUGCAGGUCUCUCAGAUUACUUGAACAUGUAUUAUUGGAGCAGUUGGGUCAAGAAGGUAUUGGUGAUGGAGCAGGUUUACGUCUACCAGAAACAUUCCAUUUUCUUCCCCCAGAAAUUGGUCAUUUCAUCACAAGAAUUGUACCUAAGGGCAUACCAGAUGAAAGCAUGGAAAGCGAUAGGAGGUCACUACACGAACAGUUAUCUUUGCCACAAGACAGGCCUAUAUUCCGAAGGGGGAACGCAUAUACAUCAAAUAGUGCUAAGUUAAUUAACCCACACGAAGCAAUACCAGUUCAGCCGGUCAAGCCAGACGUAGCUGUGGCCCUGGUGCGAGGACGUUACACCUAUCACCACUAUAUGCAAGAUAACUUCAAUGAUGAUGGAUGGGGUUGUGCCUACCGCUCUAUGCAAACCAUAUUUUCGUGGUUUAGGUUUCAAGGAUAUAGUACAAACGACAUACCAACUCACAGAGAUAUCCAACAGUGCCUUGUUAAUAUUGGUGAUAAGCCAUCCUCAUUUUUAGGCUCAAAGCAAUGGAUAGGGUCUACAGAAGUGAUGUUCUGUUUGGAAACCAUCUUGGGUGUACAAUCUAGGAUUAUUUUUGCAAACACUGGCUCAGAAUUGCUCAGUUACACACCAGAGCUGGUACACCAUUUUGAAAGGCAUGGGAGCCCAAUCAUGAUAGGUGGUGGCGUGCUAGCGCAUACAAUACUCGGCGUGGAGUACAACAGUGUCACCAACGACACGCGGUACCUCAUACUGGACCCGCACUACACAGGUGUCGAUGACGUCACCGUCGUCGUCAGCAAGGGCUGGUGCGGCUGGAAGAACUCAGACUUUUGGAACAAAACGGCUCAUUAUAAUCUAUGUCUACCACAAACAAAACCGGCUAUAUAAUUUUUUUUUUAAUAAAAUUAUUGGUUUUUGUGUAUAUA